CUGAUCCCCGAGCAACGCAGCAGCAUCAUCAACCAGCGUGCCAUUAUACGCUACUACAGAGACCUGGGGAGAGAGCCUCGUUUACUCGGCGACGAGAAGGAGCAGGAGCAGAAGCAGCAGGAGCUCAUGCGGUACGAUGUCGCACUCCUGCUGGACGUCUCAACAGGCUGCGGCGGCAAAAUCUGGCCGGCAGCUCAGGUCUUGGGUCAGUACUUGGCGGGAAAGAAGGAAGUGCUCGCCGAAAAAUGGAAGGGAAAGACGGUUGUUGAGCUGGGUAGCGGUACCGGGCUCGUGGGCUUCUUGCUGGCAAAGAUGGGGGUCGGGGUAGAGACGUGGGUUACAGAUCAAGACGCCAUGCUCGCCCUGAUGGAGCGCAAUCUCCAGCUCAAUUCCCCAGGCAUGCUCGACCCAUGCCAUGUCGCCGAGCUCAACUGGGGGGAGUUUCCCCUACCGCAAAAUGUCCCAUCAAAGCCGGAUGUCCUUCUGCUAGCAGACUGUGUCUACCUAGAAGUGGCUUUCCAGCCUCUUGUGGACACGAUGAUCGCCUUGUCCACCGCGCAGACGGAGAUCUUGUUCUGCUACAUGAAGAGACGGAAAGCUGACAAGCGCUUCUUUACCAUGUUGAAGAAGCAUUUCAGCUUUGAGGAUGUC